CCGCACACUUUUCCUACCAACCGCUCAACCCUUUGGUUCCUUCGCCGGGCCCUCGACGGAACUUUUUCUCCAACGUAUAAUAUUUUGGUCGAAGAAAGCUUCCUCUCACCCAUCGCUUCUCCGUUCCUCAUCGCUCUCCGCAGGGUGUUUGGAGGCUGGCAGAGUAGUAAGGACGUCAAUAUAAUAUCCAUAGUGAUAAUGGGGUCUCAGGGGCAAUCUUAUGAACAUAAGGAUCAUGAUGGAAAGUAUACUUUGAUAAGAGAUGAAGACGACUUCCGAUGGGGUUUGUAUGACAGGCCCCUUCCAUGCUUUGGGUGCGGGAUAGGCUGGUUUUCUUUUCUUUUAGGAUUUCUUUGCCCCUUGAUGUGGUAUUAUGCCACAGCUCUGUAUUUUAGCAAUUACUACCGCAAGGAUCCAAGAGAGCGAGCUGGCCUUGCUGCUUCUGCAAUAGCAGCAUUGAUCUGUACCGUUGCAGCCUUCAUAAUUGUAGCUGCCAUUAUUCUCUAGUUCAAGCAAUACCUGAUUAGCUGGAUGCCUCUGUAGAUACGACGUUGCAGGGCAAAGAGCAAGCGACAGAAAAUAUCAGUAACUAUUCACCCUGCCACUCUUGAAUACUGUAAGAAUGCUACCAACUAUAUAAAAUAAAACAUAGUUGUGCUGGACAAAUGAUCGACAAGAAUGUGGAUUGCUGCUCUUAUUUGUGGAGGUGAACGUGUUUUACUAGAGCAACCCCCCUUCCCUCUCUUCUCUCUCCCACCUCCCCCGAAACACUGGAUAUCCUUGCUAUACUUCAUGCAUCUUAAUUUGUGAAUUGGCAAGCCAUCUGACUUGCUCAUUUUGGACAAAUUUCUUGUUCCUUAAUUUGCUUACAAGUAUGUUAUAAAAAAGAAAAAUAUCAUGUACAGGUUUCAGGAGAA